GGCCGGCUGCAGCGGGCGACUCCGACUCGCCAAGCGGCGGGGCGAAAGGCAGCCGUCCUUCCAGAGCGAGGCAACGCCAGCGUUGGCUUCAGCUCGGAGCCGGCAGCCCUUCGGAGAGCAGCAGCUCCGCGUCAACUUGGGCGCCGCCUCCGCUGUGGCCUCCCGCCUCCUCGGGAAAGUUGCCUCCGCUGCCUUUGGGGAGCUUCUUGGGCGAGCGGCAGGAGGGUUGCCUCCCGGUGCUUGGAGUACAUUUUAAAGACAAGGGAAACUGGAACCUACAGAAGAUAGUUGAAAAUAAGGAGAAUACAUGCACAAGAACCUGUAGGUUGCUGUUGCAGCACUGCUUCAACCUGUCUACUGAAAGAAUAAGUAUUGAACUGAAAAUCUGAGUUGCCCAGCUCAUAAGACUAAGAAGUUGGUCCCUACAGCAGAAAUGAGAGUCAAGUAUUCUUUCAUGGGUUCCUGGACUGGCAAACAUGCUUCUUUUUGAAGACACACUUGACCAAUAAAAAAUACAUGGGACAUAUACACUUUUAGAAGUCAAAAGAGACUGAUUCAAGGAGCUACAUAGGAUUAGUUGGACUGUGUAGCCUUUAACCAUGGAAGGGGAUUGUUUGAGCUGCAUGAAGUACCUGAUGUUUGUCUUCAAUUUUUUCAUAUUUCUGGGUGGUACAUGUCUACUAGGAGUUGGAAUAUGGGUCAUAGUAGAUCCCACUGGAUUCCGAGAGAUAGUAGCUACUAAUCCUCUGCUCUUCACUGGAGCAUACAUCAUGCUGGCCAUGGGAGUGAUGCUCUUCCUGCUGGGAUUCCUUGGGUGCUGUGGAGCCAUCCGUGAGAACAAAUGCCUCCUUCUAUUUUUCUUCAUGUUUAUUUUGCUCAUCUUCCUAGCAGAACUUUCAGCUGCAAUCCUGGCAUUUAUCUUUAGAGAAAAUUUGACCAGAGAAUUUUUUACAAAGGAGCUUAAGAAGCACUAUCAAGGGAGCAAUGAGUCUGAUGUCUUCUCUUCGACCUGGAACUCGGUCAUGAUCACAUUUGGCUGUUGUGGUGUCAAUGGUGCAGAGGAUUUUGAAACUGCCCCCCGUUUCCUUCUCCUGCAUUCGCACAACGAAGUUCCUGAAGCUUGUUGCCGGCGGGAGCUCCAAUCUCGUGAUGGAGCAAUCAUCAGAAAAGAAGACUGUCUCCAAGGAAAGGAAAUGUACCAAAAUCGGCAGGGCUGCUACACUGUGAUACUGAAUUCCUUCGAGACUUAUGUGUACCUUGCAGGAGCUCUUGCCAUUGGUGUUUUAGCCAUUGAGCUCUUUGCUAUGAUUUUUGCCAUGUGCCUCUUUCGAGGGAUACAGUAAGAAGUGUUCCAGGAGCAGCUGAGAAAUUUCCAACCACAUGAAGACAGGAAAGAAAAACAACUUUAUAUUUUUGGUUAAUAGAGUGGGGGGAAGGAUUGUAAUAUAUGGAUGACCAAAAGGAUUGUACUUCAGGGGCUGGAACUUUGAGGUGCUGGACGUUACAUUGUCUUCUCCAAGGAGAGUCCUUCAUCAGAAGCCACACAGAAUGGGUUGCACUGAGAGCCUGGAAAACACAGAUGGUAUGAACUCUGCUGGUCUUUAUGAAGCAGGAAGGUGUAUGGAAUUCAUAUCUCUUCAUGUAUCAAUUGAUACAGAAGAUCACCUUAGGAACACAAUUGAUAUUCGGCAUCUUAAGAAACUGCUCAGCCAAAGCUUUGUGACAUGUUUGCCUCGUUUUAGGCAGCCAGAGAGAAAGGAACUGCUUUGAGCCUGACUUUCAAGUACUCAGCCAAGAUGGAGAUGAAAUCAUCACUUAUGAAAAACCCAGGCAAUACAAACAUUUCUUGAAUCACUAGGAAAAGAUACUGUCUUCAUCUGGAAUCUUACAAAAUAGUGUGAGACCUACUGUGUUGGAAAAGAGGAGGAAUAACUUUUCAAGGCCAGAAAGGGGCUGUGAGGGAACCAGCUAUUUAGUACAUAGUUUUUCUUUUGUCACAAUGAGUUUCCUGUUUAGUGUUCUGAGAGAAGGACUCAAGACAGUUCUGCUAUGGACGUCCUCACUUUUGUGAGAAGGAUUGUUACCAUCUAGAGUUGUUGGUGCUGUCACCCUGAGGAAGAUUUUUUUUUGGCCUGUUUCGAGGCUUUAGAUUGUCUUGUCGCAACCAUGUUAUGUGCUAAAUAUGUUGACUAUUUUCAACUUUUGUAGCUGUUGAGAAGCUUGUUGUGUUCAUGUUUUACUGUGCCUUUCAGCUAUGUCGGGGGGGGGGAUCCCCCAGAAAGCAAGGAAACAGUGAGAAACUUAUUUGCAGUUACCCUUUGCACAAUUUCAUUUAUGUCUCUUGUGGCAUUGCUUCUGCUUGUCAGCAAUUCUUACUUAGAAGUUUCAGCAACUCGAGAAUGAACUGAGUGGAAUGGAAUAACAUAACAUACCUUCACCAAGGUCUUUUUUCCUCCUCUGAAGUCAAGCUGUAGUUUCAGUUAUGUGUUAUUUCGAUGGUUAAAUAUAGCUUGAUGAAACAAUCCCCAAUCAAUAGACCUUGGCAGCAGAAUGAAGGCUUCAGUAGGUCCUGGGUAUCUUUGCUGUGAGAGCCUUAUGGAGAUGUAAACCACCAUGAAAGCAAUACUCUGACUACACUGCAGUUAGAAAUGCAAACUGACAAAUCAAGGUGACUUAGGCUCUACCAGGGACAAAUGAUAGACAUUGUAUCCAAGAGUAACAUAUAAGAACAUCAAUUUAUGGAGAGCAGUUUAUGAGAUGCACAGAGAGCAUGUUAGUGAGCAAUCUUUCUCAAAACUGAUAUAAAGUAGAACAGUAAGAAUUAAAAAAAAAACCCAUAAUGCCAAAUCAUGCUGAAUAUUUGAUUAAUUGAAGAAUUCUCAGCUAAAUCUUCAUAUAGCUCUUGACAGUCUCUUCAAUUAAAAUUGUGCCUUUAGUUAAGUACUGCACAAUUCUACCGCAAGGGAAAUGUGUGGAAGACAUCACCGGAAAAAAUACAUGCUACAUGUGCUGAUAAUGUCCUUGUUUUGUUCUGAACAACUAUUGUCAUGGAAUUCUUCAUACAUAUGAAAUAUAAUCAUGACAGGUAGCUACUCAAGAAUGAAUUACCUGUAGUGUUAGAAUUUGCCAUGUGAGUAUAUCUGAAAGAACCUAAUAGACUAUCAUAGGAUGGAUUAGUCCAACACAACCUAGUGAGGAAAGAUUCAAAUCAUGGUCUUAUUACAGCAAAAUCUGGAGGCAAAGCCACAUGCCAAAUAAUUAUAUUGUCCAGUUGCCUAUGAUUCUGUAACAUGUGAUUGGAUAACUUGUGGCCUUCCAGAUGAAGGACAACAACUCUUAACAUAGUAAAAGCUGAAGGAUCUUGGAAAUUGCAAUCCUUCACUAUCUGGAAGGCCACAGGUUGCCCACACCUUCUGUAAGGAAUUGAACCUGGGAUGUCCUGCUGUGUGCCUGAGGUACUUAGCCAUUGCUGUAACUCUCACCUAAGUGAAUACCAUGCCUUCUCAAAAUUGAAGUGGGUCUAAUCCCACUUUGAGUAAUAAUUAUAACAGAAAAGAGGGGAAUAGCUUGAGAAGUUACUUUCUAAAACCUGUUAAGGGUUUCAAGGUUCCCAAAGUGGAAAACUUCAUAGUUACUUUUUUAAAAAGAUAUUGUAUCUAUGCUUUUCUCAACAGUAACCAUUCAUUUUUAUUGUUGUGUGCUUUCAAGUAAUUUCUGACUUAUGGCAACUCUAAUGAAAUUUGUUCAAGCAGCUUCCUUUGCCUUUUCCUGAGACUGAGAAAGUGACUUGCCGAAGAUCAUCCAGUAUCAUUCAUCCAGUUCAUGGAUGAAUGGGGAUUACAGACCUGGUCUCCUAGUAUUUUAGUCCAAGAUUCAAACCAUACUGGCUUUCAUUUUAGUUACUUUAAAAAUGUUCGAUGUACAAGCCUGUGUUACAAAUAUUUUCCAAAAUCGUGUAUGACCUGCUACAUUACAUAGCUUUAUAUAUACCUAGCUACAUUGCAGAACCCUUUUAUUGAAUUACAAAGGUGCAUAAUGCGACACUGGCAAAAGCAACUGAUGUGUGUGCGUCCCAACAUUAACACUUUGCCACAUCUGCUAUGUGGUAAUGCAACUGCAGCUCUCAACUGGACCUAAAUAUUAUGUAAUUUUACAAUUCUAAUUCCAUUCAUGAAGAUAUAAGACCCCAAAGGAUUCAGGCCACCAUCUCUACCUUGUUGUCACCUCCACACUCACAACAAAGCGAUACCAUCACAGGUUGGAUAGAGGAAAAAAGAUAGUUUCACUGUCACUGAAUGUUAUCAAUGUUAUCAUUUCCUGCUAUUUAAUAGUUGGUGCUCCAGAGGUCUUGUCAUAAGUGGAAGAAGCAACAUUUAAGAAAUCUCUUCACAACUACUGAUGCCUUCCAACAGUGGGAAGGAAGCUCUUGAGGAAAAAGGUAUGAAAUGUAUUCCAGAUGUUAUUGAGCAUAAGACCUUUGAACUAUUAGACACAGUUGCUAGUCCCAACUAGAGUACGGCCAAUUAUUCAACAGGAUUUAUAUAUACAUUGAUUUUCUAUUCACCCGUUGAUUAAGUGGCUCUACUUAAUUUGGAAAUAGCAGUUUAAUUUAGACCAUGUUUUAACAAAAUGCACAGCUAAAAAUACUCCUAGCUCUUUCAUGGUGUAAAAGGAUUCAUUUUGCAACUGGUUCAUUUACAAACUCAUCAUAUAUGCACUCCAAACCUUUUGAAGGAAGCAUGUUCCUAAUUUCAGGAUUAGAAUGAUGGGCUGCAAUGCUGAAUAUACUGGCUUGAAAGAAACUUCAUUUCCUAGUAAAACAAAUUAAACUCCCAAAUAUGGACUGACUAUCAAAAGUGUCAAUCAGGGUGUUAUUUCCUAGUGCUGUUUCAAAGCAACAAGCAAGAGCUUGAUGCACCUUUUGUGUCCAAUACUUUUAGAGAGAAGGGACACAUUCUAGCAUGACAUUCUCUGGCCCAGGCCCCUCUGUGUGAGUCAUUAGAAAGUCUUGCACAGUUUUUUUGAAGUGGUGCUUGUAAAGGAGGGCUUUACACUGGAAUUGUGUCCAUCUUCUGGUUUUGUGUUUGUGAACCCAAAUUUGCCCGUUCCCUUCCGUUGUCUGUUGUUGACACUUCUGCAAGUGGUUGAGAAACAAACUACUUGUCAAAUAAAUGUUGAAAUCUAUUUUAAAUGUUCCUUUUAUUAGAAAACUAGAGCUAAUUUAACUUGUAUUCCCUAUUGUAAUGCUUUUUUAUAUUGAAAGAGGGUUUUUGUAAUGUAAAACAGAACACUACUCUUAAGCAUUUUGCACAGUUUCUGUGUGCAUUUCUUUAAAAAAAUUAUAAAGAUUAAAAAUAAAGACACUGUGACAUCCAA